AUGACUAAACCAAUCGCUCCUUCAGAGGUCGUGGGCGGAAUACCCGUCUUCAAGCCCACGUACGAGCAAUUCGAAGAUUUCUAUUCAUAUUGCAAGGCGAUAAACAAAUACGGUAUGAAAAGCGGUGUGGUGAAAGUUAUUCCGCCGCCAGAGUGGAAGAAGAAGUUGGAUUUGCCCCAUUCUGCGGAGACUUUACAGAAAAUCAAAAUUAGAUCGCCCAUUCAGCAACAUAUAUCCGGGAAUAAAGGCCUGUUCAUGGUACAGAACGUGGAGAAGAACAAGACGUAUAAUAUCAUACAAUGGAAAGACCUAUCGAAGGAUUACGUGCCUCCAGAGGACCCUAAAUCGAGACGGGACUCUAGGAAGAAUUCUGUCUCAAAGUCUUCCAAAUUGAAACUGAAGAAUUUUGAGUCCUCUUUCAACAUCGACGAUUUUGAACAAUUCAAAACGGAAAACACGGUAGACUUAUCUGAUUUUGAAAAUCCAGAAAGGUUGAAGUUUUUGGAAGAGUAUUACUGGAAAACGCUAAACUUUACAACGCCCAUGUACGGCGCGGAUACUCCGGGAUCCAUAUUUCCUGAAAACCUAGACGUUUGGAACGUGGCCAAGCUACCGAACAUCUUAGACCAUAUGGAAACAAAGGUCCCUGGUGUAAACGACUCCUACCUCUACGCUGGCCUAUGGAAGGCCUCUUUUUCUUGGCACUUGGAGGACCAAGACUUAUAUUCCAUAAACUACAUCCAUUUUGGCGCCCCAAAACAAUGGUAUUCGAUACCUCAGGAAGACAAAUUCAAAUUUUACAAGUUUAUGCAGGAACAAUUUCCUGAGGAAGCCAAGAACUGUCCCGAAUUUCUAAGACAUAAAAUGUUUUUGGCGUCCCCCAAACUCCUGCACGAAAACGGUAUACGAUGCAACGAAAUAGUUCAUCAUGCAGGCGAGUUUAUGAUUACCUACCCAUAUGGUUAUCAUGCAGGGUUCAAUUACGGCUACAACCUAGCCGAAUCGGUGAACUUCGCUCUAGAAGAGUGGCUGCCGAUCGGAAAGAAAGCUGGGAAAUGCAAUUGUAUUUCCGACUCAGUGGAGAUAGAUGUUAAAAAAUUGGCCAAAUCUUGGAAAGACCAUGAUAAUAAGGACCCGAAAGAUGCACUCCCUCUCAAUCAAUUACCAAACCCUGCUCUUCCCUUGCCUCACAGGCCAACACUAAAGGAAAUGGAGAAUAGUUCACUUCGAUCCACAAGCCCAGAUGUCGGUCAUUUUUCAAGUUUCAAAACAAAGAGUUCGGGUGUUUCUUCACCACUACUAUCACGUAUGAAAGACUAUUCCAAUAUCGUCGAACCCACGCUAGAAGACCCGACUUUGAAACUGAAAAGGAUUUCAUCUUUUCAGGAAUUGCCUUCAACCAAAAUACUGAAAAGAGAAACUUCACAAUUGCUCACAGACAACGAAGACAGUAUAGUGGCCAUGAGCUUGACUUCAAUGGCGAAUAGCGCCGCGUCUUCUCCAAGAUUACCAUUGUCAAGAUUGAAUUCAUCCAAUGAGCUUUCGAAUACCCAACCACUACUUGACAUGACUAAUAACACUCUUGCAUUCCCACGACCUAAUGGGCCGUCCGGUUUAAAUCCUUUAUUAUAUAUUUCCAACAAGAACGUGAACGGAAUUUCCCAUUCUGCACCCCAUUCCCCAGUGAAUCCCAAUAUAUCAUUAAUAAAGAGAGUCAAGUCUCCCAACAUUGUAACAUUAAAUAUAUCCAGAGAGUCGUCCAGAAGCCCUAUAUCAUUGAAUUCCGAGGUAAGGCAACAACUGCAACAACAACAACAACAACAACAACAACAACAACAACAACAACAGCAUUCGCAACUACAUUCAUUCUCAACCCCAUCCACCGUGUCAAAUCUAUCCAAUUGUGUGCUUGGGCCAUUAACUGACCCAAGUGACAUAAAAAUACCGCAUCCUGAAAGGUCAUUCCAUCGCCCAACGAAUAGAAUGCUCAAAAAGGAACUGUCAACAGAGAGGUCGAGGUCCAAUCCUUUACUUCUAAAGGUUGCAUCCAUGUGUGAAGAAGAGACGUUCACCAGUGAAAACAUCGAUUCGGACAGGGAACCAUCCUCCCCUCUACAAACUUCUAAAUUUGCUCCCGAGGAAAUUGUACUAUCAGGUAAAAACAAGAUUUACGUUUGUAAAGAGUGCCAGAGAAAGUUUUCUUCUGGUCAUCAUCUCACCAGGCACAAAAAAUCAGUUCACUCUGGGGAGAAGCCUCACUCCUGCCCCAAAUGUGGCAAAAGAUUCAAGAGAAGAGAUCAUGUCCUGCAGCAUUUGAACAAGAAAAUACCUUGUGUUCCAAACGACACGUCUGUAGUGGCCCCUCUCUUGAACCCUACUGUGCAACCGCAGGAUGAGAAGACGGCCAUUAAUCAACAAAGUACAUCUUUAAACUGA